AUGGAUGAUGAUAUUUUAGAGAAAUUUGAUCAAGUAACUAAGAUUUUUGAAGAAAAAUUUCAAUCAACAGCAAUACAACAACAAAAUCAAACGUAUAUUGAACAUCUUUAUGAACAAUUAAAUAAAUUGAAAUUAAAUAUGGAUGAACAAAUAAGACAAAUUAUUAAAGAAAAAACAAAUGAAAUAACACAAUAUUAUGAUCAAUAUUGUCAAGAAAUUAAUAAAAAAUAUGAAAGUAUAAAAGAACAAAUAGAAAAUCCAAAUUUAUCAUCUGAUAUAUAUGAUCAAAUUGAAAAUCUUAAUAUUUAUUGUCAAUCAAAUAUAAUUGAAAAACGUAUAUAUUUAAAUACAAUACAAUUUACAAAAAAUGAAUUAGAUAAAAAAAUUCAAUUAGAAUAUAAGUUCUAUCAUGAUAUACCACAAGAAACAACAAUUAUACCAUUAAAAACAACCAUUAAAGGACGAAAUGAAUCAAUUUCUAGUAUUCGUUCAUCGUCAAGGUCAUCAUCUAUUUCACAACGAAUAAAAAGAACAUCUUCAGAAAAUAAUUCAAACGUAUUUGAUCACGAAGACGAUAUUAAUACUUCAAAUAAACCUACAAAAAGAGCAAAUGACUUAAAACCAAUCGUUAAAGAACGAAGUGAAUCAAUUUCUAGUAUUCAUUCAUCGUCAAGGUCAUCACUUAUUCCAAAACAAAUAAAAAGAAGACCUUUAAAAGAUAAUUCAAGCGUAUCUGCUCAUGAAGACAAUAUCGCAUCGAAACCACUAACUGAUCGUAUAAAGAAAGAAGAUAUUAAUACUUCAAAUAAACCUGCAACAAUAACAAAUGACGUAACAUCGAAACGUUCAACUAAAUUAUAUACUGGCAAACAUAAUGCAUUAGUUUCUAUUCUUAUUAAUAAAAAUCGUGAAAUUUAUAAUGAAAUAGAAAAAAUAACUGAAUAUUCUAUUGAUUCCAUUACAAUACCACAAGGUGAACAACAACAAGAACUUACAAAUAUACACAAUGAUAAUGAUAAUGAUAAUGAUGAUGAUAAUGAUAAAACUUUAAAAUUAAUUCAUGCUUAUAAAGUUCUUGCACGAGAAAAAAAUGAUUAUCAACCAUUAUCAACAUCAGAUAGUGGUGACGAAGAAGAAAAAAAGUCGAGUGUUAAUAGAUUAUUUAAUUUACAACAAUUUGAUCAAACAAAUUCCUCAACAAUUAUGUUUAAAAAAUGUGAAACAGCAUAUAAUUGUAUGUCGAGUUCAACAAAACGAAAUGAAUUAUUGAUAUAUAAUUCUAAAUUAAAAAUUUUAAUUAUUUUAAUAUAUGAAAAUAAUAAAAGAUGUCAUGAUCAAUUAUUUGUACAAUGGUCAAAAGAUUUUAGUCCAAAUAUAUCUGAUAUAACAUAUUGUCAACAUAUUGAUCAUUUUUUAAUAUCAACAUACGAUACUUGUCAUAUAUAUUUAUUUAAUCGUGAUUUAUUAUCUAUAUAUAAGUUAGGUAAAUUAUCGAAUAAUUUAUCAUUACGUCGUAUUCAUUGUUAUCAAGAAACAGUUUAUUGUAUAUUAGGAAAUAAUUAUCUUUUAGAAUUGCAAUUAAAUGAUCAAUAUAAAAAUUUAAAAUUUAUGCAACAAAUUAAAUUAUUUAAUCCAAUUGAACAUUCACAUGAUGAAAAACUUUAUUUAUUAGAUGUAACCUGUGAUAAUAAUUAUUUAAUUGUUAUUUAUUCAAAUGAAAAUGAUGAAAUACAUUUACAAAGUAUUCAUCGACAAACAAAAAAAUUACAUUGUGAUUUUAUAAUAGAUAAUAUACAACCGAUUAAUCAAGUUUAUAUAAGAAUUGAAUCAACAAAUUAUAAUGGAAAUUUUGUUUAUCUUAAUGGCAAACAACAAAUUUUAAAAGCAAUUAAUUUAAUAGAUAAUGAUGAUGAAAAAAUAGUAUCAACUAUACGUCAACAAAAAAAACCAACAAAUAUUUGUUUUUUUCGAGAUGGUCGACUAGUGAUUUUACAUGAAUAUCCACAUUAUUUGUCAGUACAUAAUUUGAAUAAUCAUUGA